AAUGCCCGUUCUUUUUUUAUAUUUUAUCUCUUCCCCCAACAGUUCGGUAACUCCCUAUCCCUCUGUUCUCUUUUGCAAAACUGUUCCACCCAAAAUCCUGUGUCACUUCUUUGGUCUAGACUUUUCCCCUGAAAGGAAAAGUGCAUUUAAAUGGGAUUACAUUUUCAACUCUACACUGAUUAGCAAAUUUGAUGCCCACUACAGUCUUGCCUACACAAACAGUAAUUCUACGUUGUACAUCUUAAGUUUGGAGUUUGUAUCUUUCAACUGCAGUAGAUUCCCACAUGACUCGUCAAGAGAAAAAGACUGAAGCUGGUGGCAACUCUGCAAUGUAUAGGAUACUAACGUGACUCGAUGGCGACUCAUUUUUUUAAUGUGUACCUGUUUUUGAAUGUGUUUUCCUAUUUCCUUAAAGAAAAGAUCUUUUUUCAUCCUUCACAUCUUAGUGGACCAUCUGUUUUUGGUGCUUCGGUGCUGAAUUUCAUAGAUUGUGACCUUGUGGACAUUGUUGGCGUCAAUGUGCCAGUAGGUGCAAUGGAAUUGUAAAUUCAAGUAUUUUAUGAUCAUUCAACAAUAUGGCAGUUUCUGACUUCUAAAUUUAAAUUUCUGUUAACUACUUCAAAUGUCAGCUGGAAAAAAAAACUGGUAUCUUUUGUGCAACAUGGACAUCUUUGUUUCUAUAAUCUAAAUAACCAAAAUAAAUGUGACCUAGUGCUUAGAAGAUCAGCUACAUUGUAGCCAUGUACCUCUAUUACAAUUAUUAAAAUGCAUUUUCAUUUUGUAUAUAGUUAAGAUAUUUCGUAUUAUUCAGACAUGAUGCAGCCAAUUUUGGAUCAUGGGAAAUUGGGGUAAACUCAAUGGCAGACAUAAUGAAACAUCUCGAAAACAGCCAACCAAGAUUCCCAUCUAAAUUAGUCCCAUCUGGAGCUGACUGAUGUAACCCCCACCCCCCAGGCAGCUCUCAAAAUGGAGAUCUCCUCACACCAAGCCCAUUUAUUCCAACAGCUAAACGAGCAGCGUAAGCAGGAAAUGUUUUGUGACUGCAGCAUAAUUGUGGAGGGCAGAGUCUUUAAGGGUCACCGUAACAUCCUGUUUGCCAGCAGUGGGUACUUCCGUAUGCUGCUGCUUCAUAACGCCCAGGAUGUGGGGCAGCCCGCCGUAGCCACAUUCGACGUCUUCUCUGCAGAUGCAUUUACAAUUAUUUUGGAUUUCAUCUACUCAGGGCGGCUGUCCCUCACAAGCCAAAACGUGAUCGAUGUGAUGUCAGCUGCCAGCUUCCUGCAAAUGACAGAUGUGAUUAAUGUCUGCAAGAGCUUCAUCAAAUCAUCCCUAGACAUAAGUGAAAAAGAGAGAUACUUAAGACAUUCCAGUAAUAGUGAAAUGAAAUGUGGGGAAGCACCACCCUUGUAUUCAGGCAGCCGUGGUCUAGAGAUGAACUCUGGUCACACUCAGAAGAACUCUGAUUUGGGAGGUACUGUUGGACAUUCCUGGAGAAAUUUCAACUUUCAUCAGGCAGCUUCAAACCUCCCCUGCCCCAGAGACCAAUUGCCGAUGCCUUUUGCCAAUGACAAAACGCCCCAGGAAGUUGCUGUUCACAAAGGCAAUGGCUUGUGCAGUUUGGGUGCAAGAACGUCUGAACACAUAAACACAGAACCCCAGGAUCAUGAGAAGAGAAUAGUGGGUUCUGAGCCAAUUGGCCCGCUUGUGAAUUAUCACUUCAGGCAUCAGGCAGAUGGGCUGUCUCUGCCACAAAGGAACACUGACACAGUCCAGCAACCUUCUCAAGGGAGAGAUCGAAAGGCAGAAGAUUGGUAUCCUCCAGUGCCUACAAUUGUGGAAGUUGUAGGUGACUGGAAUGGAGAGAGCACAGGAGACUGCAAUAUAUUACCAAAGAUGAGAUUCAAGUGCCCUUUCUGUACACAUACAGUGAAGCGGAAAUCUGACUUGAAGCGACAUCUUCGAUCACAUACAGGGGAGAGACCAUUUCCUUGUGGUUCCUGUGGGAAGAGAUUCACACGACUUGAGCACCUCCGCAGUCACCACAUGACUAUCCAUGUGUCCAGGAAGGCUAUUUGCAAAGUUUGCAGGAAGGCACUUACCGGCAUUGCAGCCAAAAUUGUGCAGCACGAUGGCAGGUCAUUUGGGUUGUGCAACAGCUGUACAAAUCCAAUGAAUUCAGGUCACGAUGAUGAGCCUAUCGACUUGGAUGCACACGCAGACAAUGAUAUGGAAUUUCAGGAAAUUAACAAAGAAUCUAACUGGAUUUCUGCAGAGCCUCAAGGCGACACAGAGAUCUUGAGUUCAGGAGGAGAAGAUCCAGGGAGCAACAAAGUUAAUGUGGUAGAAGAAAUUUUGGAUGAUUCAGAUGAGCAAGUGUAAGUUUAUGAUAAAACUGAGAAGAGAGCCUGAGGGGACAUCCUGUACUGGAGCUUUUUUAUAAGGAUAGAAAAUUACAAAUGUUACUGAGGGGUUAUAAAGAGAGGUUCCAACACCUUGUACAUUUAUUUGCCUUUUAAAAUGUUAAUAACAACUUUUUAGUUUCUCAUUUCUGCAUAAUAAAGGUGAGAUGAUUCAAAGUAUUGAGUUACUAAUGCAAAACAUUGUUUUAAAGUGGUGUAUGAGGACUGUUGUGUAAGUAUUUAAAACCACAAAGAUUAAGUCAUAGUCAAGAACCUUUUUGACAACAUGUUAAAGAGAAGAUGGAUCCUCAAGAUUAGAUUUGAAGAAACAUAUUGUUUUCUGUUGUAGAAUAGUAAUUAUACAUAAUGCUCAGAUACUCACUGUCACAUGAGUAUGUCACAUUGGCAUGAUAUGUUAAGUGGCCUUCUGUAUUGAAACACAUCUGUGAUCCUGUUCAAUAUACUUCUACACACAACUCAUUUUUAUGCUCAGAAAGGACUUCAAAUUGCAUGCUUAUAACCAGACGUCACAGAUUCAUACAUGAACAAAAAUUUAGAAUCCAUAGGUUUGGAUUGUUUUAAAAAUGUUAAAAUGCUGUGUUAAGACAAAGGGCGAUUUAAUUAUCAUGUUAAUUCCAACUUGGGGAAAUAGUGCUGCAGGCAGAACCAUUUUAUUUAUCCAUUAAUAUUUUACCUAAUUUAUUUUAAGACUGAAGUUAUUUUUAGGUAACUUUCAUUUUAGUUGUGUAUUAUUAUCAAAUCAUCAUUUGAUUCCGGCAUACGCUCAUCACCUGCUGGCAUUUUUGCUUAGCAUAAUCAAUAUUUGUCUCUUGGAUAAUUGAAUUCAUGUAGUAUUACCUGCUUUUGCACCUGAGUUUGUUAUAGUAAAUAAUUUUCAUUCUUGGACAGAUGCUUCUUCAAUAAAGAAGCGUGAGCUCUUAUGUUAAGAUGUCUGGAAAUUUGUAAAACUUACUUUGAAAGAACAAAUAUAAUGUUUAUACCCAUACCCUAAUAACUUGAAUUUAAACCCACAACAUUGAUAUUCUGUUUGCCUUAAUUACCAUACAGGUAGUCAAUAUUCCUGCUCAUAUUAUUCAUGUUCAAGUUAUUAACAGAUCCAAUGGUAUUUCCACCAUCUCCUGCUCUAGGUGUAGAAGACUGUUACAAAUUGUUGCUCUGACUUCAUGCUUUGCUUUGAAAUUGAGUGUCCAGUCGGGUAACAUUUAGAGCACACAUCUGGAAUGCCUGCUAACUCACUGGAUGCCUCCCAUGACCCUGGGGUCUGAUGGAUAUAUGUUUUGUAUUAAAUAUUAAAUAUUCUUUGGACAAAGAGGUUCCAAUUCAUUGAGCUUCUUGGGAAAAGAGGAUGAAUAGAUAAGUUUUAAGUGAUUGUAGUUUUAAAAUGUCAUGGUCAAGAUGUAUGAUAGUGCAAUAAACAAUUUGUAUAUACUGUAUAUUAAUGUUUAUUGGAAUUUGAUCUUGUGCCAGAACUGUUAAACUUGUUCUAUUGUAAUGUUGUUUUUAUAUUCUGACUGCUCUGAGAAUUGUUGUCAGCUAAUUAUUUCUUUUUUGGAUUGGGUAAUGUAUUCUAAGUGAUUUUGAUAAUUGAACCUGUAAUACUUAAAACCAAUAAUGAUUUUAAAUCAUACCCAAAUUGCAUGUCCAGAUUAUUUUUAUAUACAGGUUUACAAAAACAUAUGCCGUCACUUUAAAAAGUGAGUAAUUCUAUGUUUAAAAAUAUAUAUUUUUUCUACAGAGUGCAUCUGUUACUGGAACAAUGUGUUUCAUGGUGGUAUAUUAAAUACAGCAGAAUUGAC